AUGGAAAACAGGGAGGGAAGGAAGCCCACCCAACUAGUGCAGCCCAGGGAUCGAAGAAAAAAAAACACCGUACUAGUGAAGAGGGAAAGGUACAAGAAGCCAUGGUACUUACACCUAGAAAAAAGCGAAGUAAUAUUUUUUUUUGAUUUAAUCGAGGAGGACCUAACUUGUGGGUUUAAGAGAAAAAUUAGCUUGGCUACUCAGGGCAGUGCAGACGAGUCUCUUGGCGAGGUGCACAGCAAUGUGUUUAAGAGGGUCGCGGUAAAGAGGGAGGAACCAGGGGGUGGUGAAGUGGGUGUCGAAAUUUGCACCGAGUCGGAAGGGAAGAACCAAGAGGGGGAGGACGACUGCUCAGGAGGAUUGUUCGAGUGGAGGGGCGAGAACAUGUACAGCGCCGCCAUCAGGGAUGAACACUCGUUCGUGGAGCGCCUCCACGAGCAUUUGCGAAGAGAGAUCACUACAAGCAGUGUAGAGAGCGGCAGUGUGAAUAGCGGUAGUGUGAAUAGCGGUAGUGUGAACAGCGGUAGUGUGAACAGCGGUAGUGUGCAAAGCUGCCCCGACCAGAUCGAACUCUCCAACUACGUGUAUCAAAAGGAACCAUGCAAUGCAGACAUGCGGUGCACGAAUUAUAACGUGUCAUACAACUUAUUUCUGUACCUUAACACUUUCCUGAAAGAGCUGACUUGCGACAAGAAGGAUACAGUGGAUAGAUUGUUGGAAGCAUUUAACGAGAAAAGAUUUAAUAAUAAGAACAACAAGGGCAUGCGGAACAAUUUUAAGGGAGAUUUGUACAAGGUCACGAUACACACCGAGGGAAUUCUUUCUUUCAAAUUGAUAAACAAUAAGAACGAGAUUGGUACAAAAACUUACUACAUGAAUGAGGAGUUACUCAAGUUAGAAAUUAAUAAUAUCCUCGGGAAGAACUACCCCUUAAAGUAUAUUUUUUAUGUGCAUCAGGAGGUUCGUGAUUUUCAGAGAGUGGUUAUGCCUCUGCAACUACAAAGUGAUAAACCCAUUACAUGUGGUAUCCUGUUGGACUUUGAUUACAUGGGUAGUUCCUUCGAAAUGAAUGAAAAUAGGCCCAUGAAGCUGGUCGACUUGGUGUUGAUGUUGGAUAAGAUUUGUGAACUCCUUCGCGAAAACUGCACCGUCAUUUAUGUGCACCACGCGAGGGGGGCAAACCAUGCGGUGGAGGCAAAUUAUGCGGUGGAGGGAAACCAUACGGUAGAGGCAAAUCACGUGGGGGAGGAAAACGAGUUGAUGCUGUCUCACCCGCGACGGGCACCAAAGAACAUGGCAAGUGCGCAUCGGGGUCAUGCAUGCAGACAUAAGAAGUCAUACGGCUACCUGUUCGAUGACCUGGAGAGCACGCUGAAGUUGUUCGAGGAGCGAAACAUAAAGGUGGUGAUCCGGACAAGCGAGUUGACGGAAGAGGCGGAGGUGACCAGUGCGGCGAAAGGGAUAGGAGGGGCAGAUACAUCGCCUUCGCCCCAUUCGUCCUGUUUGCCGCACUUGUCUCACCCCUCGGCCAUGGACAAUGCGUCGGACAAGAAGAAAAAAAAUACAAUCGUGAAGGACAUUGCGCAGUUAUUUGAAAACCCUUACAUUGAUAAUAUUCUUCUGCUAUGCAAUGACAUAGAUGUGAUAUCCUACUGCUAUAAUGUUCGGCACAAAAUUAAGUACAAGAAUGGAGAAUCGUCCACGAAGAAAAGGGAAUACACGUUUGGUUACAUGAAACCAGUGUUAAUAUUUUCCUUCUUAAAAAAUUUACCGAUUGAAAACGGGAGAAUAUAUCCUCACCUGAAGCUAGACAAAUUUUGUUACAUGACAUUUAUUAUUACGAGUUAUCUUUUAAGGUGCCAAGCGAGGAACCUGCAGAGGUUAGCCAAAGAAAGUAAUUUCAAUGUGGUCCUCGUGAAGGAACUAAUUAAAAAGUAUAACAUGGAAAAUAGCACACUAAAGAAAGGAAUGAACAUUUUACUCCUUGAUGAUGUAUUAUACAAGGUGAAUGCUAAGACGAAGAUGAAGGGGAAGACGAAGAAGAAGGCGCAUGGGGAAGUCUCCAUUUCUGACUUGCUGCGCAGGAGUUUUCCUGCAGUGUACUACCCCAUGCAGUACUACUUGGAGGAGUCCUGA